AUGUCGCCCAAAGUUCUCCUGAUCCUUCUGAACGUACUUCUCAUCAUCCACUUAAGGAAGCUUCUCUCUGAAGAAAUAAAGCCUGUUGUUGCCCCUGUGGCUGCUGCCACCACAGCCCCUGUGGUUGCUGCCACCACUGCUGUCACGACUGCUAUGGAGGCCCCAAGCAAACGCAGCAAAUUGGCAGAAGCCACUAAUAUCCUGGACACGAUUCUGAAAAACCAUGACCCCAAGCUGCGCCCUGGCAUUGGUGGUAAGCCCACCGUGGUCAGCGUUGAGGUCUACGUCAAUAGCCUGGGCCCUAUCUCCAUCCUGGACAUGGAAUACACCAUCGACCUCAUGUUCUACCAGACUUGGUAUGAUGAACGCCUCCGCUACAAUAACACCUUUGAGAGCCUUGUUCUGAACCAUGACAUGGUGCACGAGCUGUGGAUCCCAGACACCUUCUUUAAGAAUUCUAGGAAGGCCGUGGAGCAUGAGAUCACCUUGCCCAACCAGAUGGUCCGCAUCUACAAGGAUGGCAGGGUGCUGUACACAAUUAGGAUGACCAUUGAUGCGAGAUGUUCCCUCCACAUGUUCAAAUUUCCAAUGGAUUCUCACUCUUGCCCUCUGUCUUUCUCUAGCUUUUCCUAUUCGAUGAACGAUAUGAUCUACAAGUGGCAGGAUAAUUUCUCCCUUGAGAUGAAUGAGAAGAACACCUGGAAGCUCUUGCAGUUUGACUUGACUGCAGUGAGCAACAAGAGUGAAAUCAAGACCACCCCGGCUGGUGACUUCGUGGUUAUGACGUUUUUCUUUAAUGUGAGUCGGCGGUUUGGCUACGUUGCCUUGCACAACUAUGUCCCUUCUUUUGUGACCACCAUGAUGUCUUGGGUUUCCUUUUGGAUCGAGAGAGACUCUGCUCCUGCCAGGACCUCUUUAGGAAUCACCUCUGUCCUCACCAUGACAACUUUGGGCACCUUUUCUCGGAAGAACUUCCCGCGUGUCUCCUACAUCACUGCCUUGGAUUUCUACAUCACCGUCUGCUUCGUCUUCUGUUUCUGCGCCCUACUGGAGUUUGCUGUUCUCAACUUCCUGACCUACAACUCCAAGAAAGCCCAUGCUUCUCCGAAACUCCGCCAUCCUCCUAUCAGCGGCGCCCGCUCCUGUGCUCUUGCCCGUGCCCGUGCCCGCCAGCAGGAGGAGGUGUUCAUGUGCGAGGUUGUCACUGAGGGAAGCAGUGGAGAAGACCGUGUGUGUUACUCGCUCCAGUAUCUCCCCAGCCGCCAAGCCCCUGAGGUGCCCCGUGGCAGAUUCUCUCGCUGCCUCAAGGCUUUCAGGAAGUAUUUCUGCAUGGUCCCUGAAUGUGAGGCCUGCACCUGGCAGAAGGGGCGCCUGCGCAUCCACCUGUACCGCCUGGAUAACUACUCCCGGGUUGUUUUCCCGGUUGCCUUCUUCUUCUUCAAUGUGGUCUACUGGCUUGUUUGCCUUAACAUGUAGGUGCCAGUAGGAGCCCUGUGGGGCAGACUCCCCAGUUCCCCGGGAGGUCCUAAGCCCCUUGCCAAGGGAGUUGGGGGACAGCUGCAGCAGCAGGAGCACCUAGUGUUUUUCCUUCCUUGUUCCUCAGAUACAAAUCUGCGAAGAGUUUGUCUUUGGUGGCCCUCUCCCCAUGAGCGCCUUCUGGGCACUCCCUUUCAAAGAGUUUCACCCACCUCUCUUUGUUCUUUGAGGGGCAUUCCCAAGGCUCAGUCUUCGAGAUGGAGAUCACAGGCUUUUAAAGAUCAGCUCCCGAGAACCCUUCCCACCCAGGAGCGGAUUAGCUCAGGCCAGCUGUGCUGACAAUCACUGCCUUUUCCCAGAAAUCCAACACUGCCUUUGUGGUGCUACAGGCCAGGCUCAGGCCUCAGCCUCAAAGGUCACAGACCAGCUAUUUACCUGACCCUGAAACCUCCUUAAAGGGCUAGACAUGAGUACAGGAGGAUCCUACCCUAAGAUUUUUCCUAUCUCCCUACCCUCCCUCCCCAUCCAGAUAGACAGGCACUGGUAUUAUCUCCUUAGGAGGAGGGGAGCCAGCAAGUGGGUCUUUCGGGGACAGCAUUCCUCCCCUCUGCUGCUGUGACGCCUCCGGCCCCCUCCCUGCUUCCAUCUGCAGCACCUAUUCAAUGCCUUGCAUCCAGUGGGAAUCUGUCUAUUUUGAUGUGUGGUGAUAUUUAUUACCCCCUGCUUUUAUGCCCCUUCUUCCUCUCCCUUGACCCCUGUGAUUUUUUCAGUAACUUCCCCAGUGACUUUCCCAGCCCUAUCCAGGUGCUAGGCUUUGGUAUUUCCCUGGGGCCAAGAAACGAAAGAAACUCUGCUCUGCAGUGGGCAUGACCCACCAUUAAUUGCUGCUCACUUUGGGCACAGUUGGACUUUGACGGCUUCCUUGGCCCCCGGACCCAUGAGCCAGUCCAUUCUUAUCCUUGGGGCACUCACAAUUACACCCAAUCAAUUGACUUCCCUUAAAUUUGUACAGCACUUUACCUCUGGAGAAGCACUUUAGACAAAUCCUUUCUAUUCAAAAUCUCAUUAUAGCCCUGUGACAUCGUCAGGGCAGGAUUCUUAUCCCCAUUACGCAGAUGGGACCCCUGACGCACAGAUUUCUAUGGGACUGUAGACCUCACUGGAAGCCAUCAGGAGCCCACUGUCAUCUUUUAGAUCACAUGGCAGGGCGAGGCAGCUCUGAUCACAAUUUUAUUCUUUUGCUUCUACCAGCACCCCAGAUUGGCAGGCCCUUUUCACUAUUGACCUGCUCUAUUUCUGGGCUUGAGAUGCUCAGACUGCCCCUAUAUGGACCUUCUCCUGGCUCUAGUCACCCAGUGAGAUCAAUUUGGAUCAU